CAUGCCAGCUAGGUCUGGAAAAAAAGCAUCGAGUUCGGUUGUGUAUAUGUCAGUGACUGGGGUGAACUAACAGGCUGCCUGCAGCCGGAGUUUGGUGUUUUAGUGCUUCGUGUUUUGGCUCUUGGUGGAGAGAGACGACGCCCGACUCCUAGCUUCAUUAGCAGUGGUUAGCUUAGCUAGCAGCCGCCGCCAUUAUAGCAGCCAACGACGGCAGCUAGCUCCCACCACUAACGCAGGCCCAGGGAUUUAAGGGGCUUGUUUGGCUGUUUUGGUUCCUUUUGUUCAUGGCGCUACCUAUUACAAUCAACUCCCAUUUUCAUUAAUCUAACCGGAAAUCAGUUCACGUCGUAAAUCCAAUGGCCAGCUUUACCGCAAGCUAACGCGACAGCUAGUGGCUAGCUGUGCCCACAACCUCCUUCCAGGGAUACCAAAGGGAUAACGCGAGUCCUGUAAACUUUGUUGUGAUGCAUUCACUGGCUCAGGAGAUCCACGGCUUCGCGAAAGACCGACUGAAGAAACAGUGCACGCGUGUUACCACAGUGACAGGCAAAAAGCUGCUGGAGAGGAGGAGUGAUGGAGGAGAGGGAGAUGUGGAGCAGGUUGAAGAGCUGGAGGAGGGAAAUGGGUGUGGAUUUGUAGAAGAUAACAGCCUGGACCUCCAAGUUGGUGUCGUCAGACCGUUCCUCCUGCUGGGCUCUCAGGAUGCAGCCCACGACAUUGACACCCUGCAGAGAUAUAAGGUAUCUCAUGUGCUAAAUGUUGCAUAUGGAGUCGAUAACCUGUUCCCAGAUAAGAUGGUCUAUAAGACGCUUCAGAUCCUGGACCUCCCAGAAACCGAGAUCACUUCCUAUUUCGAGGAGUGCAGCUCCUUCAUAGAUCAGACUCGGGAACAGGGCGGUGUGCUGCUGGUCCACUGUAACGCUGGUGUGUCCCGCUCUUCCUCCAUCGUGAUUGGGUAUCUGAUGCUAAGGGAGGGGCUUUCAUUUGAUGAUGCAUACAGCCAGGUUAAGCUGGCGAGGCCAUCGAUUCGCCCAAACCCCGGCUUUUAUCAGCAGUUACAGAAAUACAAAUCCUAAGGGACUAAAAGUCUGUUUUUUGCUUUUAAAACUGUGUGACAAAAUCAAAAUUAUAACUGGAGCACUAAUGGGAAGUCUUUGCCCUGUGAUAACAUCACAAACAUUUUUAUGUGGGAACUAUUUUCUUUCUACUCAAUUACACUCACCAACCAUUUCACUUUCCAGGAGAUAGUAUUCAGCUACUUCUAAUGACGCUCAUGCUUGUGACAGGGUGACGGGUGUCCUACUGUGUUGAGCUGCAGUGUUAGCUAGCUGCAUGCUUGUUUAGGUUGGCAGAUGUAGAAAACAGAAACAAGAUAGUUCCUUUAUAAAGAGACAAGGCCUGCGUAACCAGGCCAAUAUUUCUGGAAAGAGACAUCGCUGCCGAGUGUUUUAAGUCUUCAUUAAAACACCAUAUGGCAACUGCCAUUUAAUUCCAUUAUAGCAAGAAACAGCAGACAUUUCUGUAGUCAGUAUCUCCCAAACUGUUUGACUCACACUAAAACAGUCUGAAAAGACAAAUAUGUCUACAGGGCAGAGGAAGAACAUGUGCAUUUGAUUUUGCAUGCGGCUCCCCUUGAAACAUUGCAGUUUUGAUUUUUAUGUAAAUGAAUCUGCCAAUAAGUAAUAAACAUUUGCAUGCCUAGUGCUAGUAAGUGUGUUAUUUUUAAACUUCGGCAUUGUCUCUUUGUAAUACAGUUGAAAAAAUAUGGUUAAAGCUCUACUGGGAAAUUGACUUACUAUUUGAUUUGUUAAUGUUAGACACAGCUAUUUGCUUUGCAGUAUAGAUUGUCUUCUAAUUAAAGACGCACCGGUUUUCCUGAGGUACUACUUGAUACCUUUCUCAACUACACAAACAAGUACACCAUCAAUUAUAAUGAUUGCCCUCACUGCAGCGUUGUCUCUAUCAAUUUCACAACUUUGCAAAGUUGAUGCGCUAACCCCGCUCUCCUGAAAUAAUUAGCUUGUAAUUAGCUUGUUAGAUAAUGAGGGAGAAUCCAGUUGGCUCGCAUGCUAAUCGACAAAUACCGCUGGGGUGAGCUCCUAACACUGCAAACACACAGCACACAAAGGUAUUAUAUCCUAAUGUUCACCGUUUGAAUGGCUAUAAAGGCUACAGGCCAGAUGUGUGUUUGUUGUUCAGCUGGCUGAGAAGGUUUACAACGGAUUAUUGUUACAGAUUCAUGUCCAGAGUGUUGAAAUUACCUCAGUGUAGUUUAAAUAUAAUAUAAUAUUUGUAAGACAACUUAUUCAGCAAUGUUAGGGAGUUCAAACUAACACAAAAGCAAGUGAAUAUGCCCCUAUCACUGCUUUAUUUCCUUCACUAUUUCACAGAUUUCUCUAGUUUUAAAAAGUAAUUUUUAAGGUUAGACUAUUAGCUCAGAGCACUGAGGUAGAUUGAGUUCUAAGGGUGGUAAUCUCAAUGUCUCGGUCCACCGCUGCGGUCCAGAAUGAAGUAUCUGAAUGGGUAUUGGAUGGAUGGGAGUGAGACUGCACCCAAAGGAGGAAUCCUAAUUACCUGAAUGCUUGCUUGGCUUUUUCCUCUAGCGUUGCACUGAGGUUUGCAUUUAUGGUUUAGCAUAAAAUGUUGACAACUGUUAAGAGUUACCAUUAUAUUCUCUUAACUUUUAAUUCAGCAGCAUCAUCAGGUCACGGUGUGUAAGAGUAAGGUAUCAUUUGUUGAUCCCUGCGGGGAAACUCAUUUACUGCAUUUAACCGUAUUAUAUUAGCAGCAGUGGGCAGCCAUUGUACAGUUUCUGAGGACAUAAUCCAGCUGUAAGUCAGUGUUUUAAUCAAGAGCACAGUGACAGGACCUAAUGUAGCAUGUUUUUCAUAGUGAAGCUCAGAGCUCACAGGGAAAACCCGCACAAGCACAGGGAGAAGAUACCAGCUCCAAACAAAAGUGCUCCAAAUAGAGUUUGUGCAGACUCAUGAUCCUGUAACAUUUCCUCAGCAGACCGAUUAAUGUCUACUGGAGGGGUUAAAGGCUUCUUUUUAGUUAUUGUUAUUAUUAAGUUAGGGGUGGUUAGAGGUGGGCAGAUGGAUCCAAAUAUCGAACGUAUCAAUAACAUUGCUGGUUUUGGUAUCACAUGAAUAUAAGUGCGAUAGGAUUGAUACUUUGCUUCUUUCCUCAACGUUCAGUAUGUAGCCCACCGAAUUAUGUACAAGUCAUUAUUUUUGGGGAAAUUAAAAAAUAUAGGUCAAACAUGCACUGUGAAAAAUGUCUGAAACUUGUUGUGUUGAUUAUGAUGUCUGUUUUAUUUAUAACCUAAACAGAAGUAGACCCAAAGUGACCCAAAGACACAUUCCAGGUCUCCAAAAAACCCAUUUUCAGAAUAUGAGAAAAACUGAAAGGUGUAUUGCUAGGUUGACCUGUUAUUGUGAAAAGUAAAAAUCACCGUGAUUAAUGACCAUUAAAAUGUGCACAGAUAUAGCAAAUUAAAGCUCAUAAAUCAUCACAUGCCUUUAUAGAUUUAAAAGUAUUGGCAUCUGCAUGGGUUUGGUAUUCCCAUACUCUGGUACCAACACUAGGUCAACAUUUCUGUUUUUUAGUGAGCAAUGAACUCAUUUUUGGA